CUCCUGCUGCUGGCCGUGCUGGGGUGGGAGGGUUGUGCCAGUGGUUGCCAAGCUGCUGCAGGGCACAACUUGAUCUGGGGCCUGUCAUGCCGUGGGCACAGGCCCAGGUCCGCCAGCACCCCGGGGCAUCUCAGGGGCAUAAAGGCCCGAGCCACCGAGUGUAGCUCACUCAGACCAGCAUCCAGCCCCACCAUGCUGCAGGCCCUGCUCGCCGGCUCCAUCCUUGCCCUGCUCAGGGUGACCCCAGGCCAGGCCGAGGUUCCCAUCCAGGCCAGCUUUGAUGCCAGCCAGUUCCAGGGCGUCUGGUACGUGGUGGGCAUGGCGUCGGACGACCAGGACUUCCAGGACAAUAAGGACAACAUGAAGAUGCCCAUGGUCUCGGUCACCCCCUCGGCCAACGGCGACCUGGCCCUCAAGCUUGGCUACCCCACGCCAGACGGGGGGUGUCAGAAGAUAGACACGACCUACGCCAAGGGCGCCGUGGACGGGCAGUUCAGCGAUGCAGCCAUGGCCCAGACAGACAUCAGGGUGGUGGCCACAGACUACAGAAACUAUGCGGUGCUGUACGUGGAGACGCAGAAGGCAGGCACCAGGAAUGUGUGGCUGCAGCUCUAUGGCCGAAAUCCGGAGAUGUUUCCAGAAGGCGCCCAGAAGAUGCAGCAGCUGGCCCCCCAAGUGGGCCUGAACCCCAGCCAGGGUGCCAUACUGCCCAAGACGGACCAGUGUGCCGGCACCAUUUCCAAGGUGAGUGGGAAGAGUAGGCAAGACCUCUCCCCAGAGUAGCCUUGCCAGCUCCCUGC